ACCAUUUCAAUAUCCUCCAGCACAACUCAUCCCUAUCUUACCUCGUCAAUCUGCCACACGAUGACCAUCAAAACCACUCUUCCCCCAUCCACAAUAACCACCACUUCAACCCUCACAGUCACCACAACUUCCGCCAUCACCCCAACCCCUUCCGCCUCCUGCAAUCCCGGCACCUGCGGCACCUACACAUUCACCCCCUGCCCUUCCGCCCCCUUGGGUGAUUGUCUCUGCGGCCUCGACCCGGACGGCCAAGCCUUCUGCUCGCUAGAUGACUGGUGCCAGAACGAGAUUGGCUGCGAUACCGACGUCGAGUGCCUGACGCCAGCAUCAGGGCAGACCGGGGAAGGUUUCAGGUGCCUGGUGGGCAGUUGUUGUGACAACGAGGUGGCGGAUGAUGGUCAGGGAGGGAGUGUGGUGAAAAAGAAGGGGAAGUGUGUCAAGGAGAGGGGGGCGGUUUGUUUGAAUGAGGUCAUCGAGGCGGGGUUGAGGUUGAGGGGGUCAGGGAUCUAUAGGAUGUCGAGGAUGGGGAGAUUUAGGAGGAUGGCGGACAAGGUUGGAGGAGGGACAGGGUUGAGUAAUGGUGGGAGGUGGUGAGGAGUUGUUGUGCCCAUAGAAAGCGUGGGAGGCCAAGUGGCUUCUCGAGGCAAAAGCUACAAUUUUUGGGUGCAAGGCAUCACCAGGGCAAGAUUAUAAGCCAAGUGAUAGAGGGGGUGACCCAAACCCCCAUAGCCAUUCUCAUUAACAACG